GGCGCUGGGGUGCGGGCGCUCGGCUGGGGCGCGGGGCGUGGACGCGGCCGCCGCCCGCUUUGCGCCGCUCCUCCCAGCGCGAGUGGCUCUCGGCCCGGCGUCGAGGCGGCCAUGGCGACCCUGAGCCCGCUCCCCACCCACCCUGCCUGCUCCGCCCUCCCCUCCGCCCCGCGCCACCUUUGAUGGCUCGGACCUCGGCCGGCCACCCCCUGCCCCGCUUGCGCUCCCGCGCCGCCGCCGCCGCCCGCGGGUAUUAAUAGCCGAGCGCCCCCGCUGCACGCGCAGCCCGGAGCCGCCGCGCCCUCGGCAGUCGGGGCUCGGAGCUGCUGAGCCCGGAGGCCGGGAGUGGGAGCCGGAGCCGCCGGCGCCGUGGAGAUAUUCUAGAGUCUGCUUUCACCAUGGGAGAAAUAGAGCAGAGGCCAAGUCCAGGAUCGCGACUGGGGGCCCCGGAGAACUCGGGGAUCAGCACCUUGGAACAUGGUCAGAAGCCGCCCCCGACGCCUUCCGGGAAACUCAUGUCCAUCAAAAUCCAGAUGCUGGAUGACACCCAGGAGGCAUUUGAAGUUCCGCAAAGAGCCCCGGGGAAGGUGUUGCUGGAUGCAGUCUGCAACCACCUCAACCUUGUGGAAGGGGACUAUUUCGGCCUCGAGUUUCCCGACCACAAGAAGAUCACAGUGUGGCUGGAUCUCUUAAAACCUAUUGUCAAGCAGAUUAGAAGGCCAAAGCAUGUUGUUGUCAAGUUUGUGGUGAAAUUCUUUCCACCGGACCACACACAACUCCAAGAAGAACUCACAAGGUACUUGUUCGCUCUGCAGGUGAAGCAGGACCUGGCUCAGGGCAGGCUGACCUGUAAUGACACCAGCGCGGCUCUCCUCAUCUCACACAUCGUACAGUCCGAGAUUGGGGAUUUCGAUGAAGCCUCGGACAGAGAGCAUUUAGCAAAAAACAAGUACAUACCUCAGCAAGACGCACUAGAAGACAAAAUCGUGGAGUUUCACCACAAUCACAUCGGACAGACACCAGCAGAAUCAGAUUUCCAACUCCUGGAGAUUGCCCGUAGGCUGGAGAUGUAUGGGAUCCGGUUGCACCCGGCCAAGGACAGGGAAGGUACUAAGAUCAACCUGGCUGUGGCCAACACGGGAAUUCUCGUGUUUCAGGGUUUCACUAAGAUCAAUGCCUUCAACUGGGCGAAGGUGCGGAAGCUGAGCUUCAAAAGAAAGCGCUUUCUCAUCAAACUCCGUCCUGAUGCCAAUAGCUCAUACCAGGAUACCUUGGAAUUUCUCAUGGCCAGUCGGGAUUUUUGCAAGUCCUUCUGGAAAAUCUGUGUUGAACAUCAUGCCUUUUUUAGACUUUUUGAAGAGCCCAAACCAAAGCCAAAGCCCGUUCUCUUUAGUCGAGGGUCAUCAUUUCGGUUCAGCGGUCGGACGCAGAAGCAGGUUCUUGACUAUGUGAAAGAAGGAGGACAUAAGAAAGUGCAGUUUGAAAGGAAACACAGCAAGAUUCAGUCCAUCAGAAGCCUGGCUACACAGCCUACAGAGCCGAAUUCAGAAGUGCCAAAACAAGCGCAGCAGAGUGCCAGCCUGCCGCCACGAGAAGGCGCGGAGCCCGCCGGCGGCCCGCAGGGAGAGGAGCCCAGCGCCCCGGCCGAAGAGCCGCGCCGGAGUCCCGCGCUGCCCCAGAGCCCCGCGGGCGGCGGGAAGGCUGACGGAGCCGCGCGGGCGGCGGCCGACGAAGAGGAGGAGGUCGUUAAGGAUAGGACCCAGCAGAGUAAAGCUCAGCCCCCGCAGCCGAGCACAGACUCCCUGACUGGUAGCCCUCACCUUUCAGAGCUGUCCAUCAACUCCCAGGGAGGAGCUGUGCCCGCCAGCGUGAUCUUGUCUCCCAACCUGAGCCCCGACACCAAGCAGGCCUCCCCCUUGGUCAGCCCGCUGCUGAACGACCAGGCGUGCCCGCGCACCGACGACGAGGAGGAAGGCCGGAGAAAGAGAUCCCCAACGGACAAGGCAUACUUCAUUGCUAAGGAGGUAUCCACCACCGAAAGGACGUAUCUGAAGGACCUUGAGGUCAUCACCUCGUGGUUUCAGAGCGCGGUGAGCAAAGAGGACGCCAUGCCCGAAGCCUUGAAAAGUCUCAUUUUCUCGAAUUUUGAACCUUUGCACAAAUUUCAUACAAGUUUUCUCAAGGAAACCGAACAGCGACUAGCCCUGUGGGAAGGCCGCUCAAAUGCCCACAUCAGAGGAGAUUACCAAAGAAUCGGAGAUGUCCUGCUGAAGAACAUUCAGGGCAUGAAGCAACUGGCGGUUCACCUGUGGAAGCACAGCGAAGCUCUGGAGGCGCUGGAGACCGGCAUCCGGGGCUCGCGGCGGCUGGAGAACCUGUGCCGGGACUUCGAGCUGCAGAAGGUGUGCUACCUGCCGCUCAACACCUUCCUGCUGCGCCCGCUGCACCGGCUCGUGCACUACAAGCGGCUGCUGGAGCGCCUGUGCAAGCACCACCCGCCGCACCACGCCGACUUCCGCGACUGCCGCGCUGCUCUGGCAGAGAUCACUGAGCUGGUAGUCCAGCUUCACGGUACGAUGAUCAAGAUGGAGAACUUCCAGAAGCUGCACGAACUCAAGAAGGACUUGAUCGGCAUCGACAAUCUCGUGAUUCCAGGAAGGGAGUUCAUCCGCCUGGGCAGCCUCAGCAAGCUCUCCGGCAAGGGACUCCAGCAGCGCAUGUUUUUCCUGUUCAACGACGUCUUGCUGUACACGAGCAGGGGGCUGACGGCCUCGAAUCAGUUUAAAGUCCACGGACAGCUCCCGCUGUACGGCAUGACCAUCGAGGAAAGCGAGGACGAGUGGGGUGUGCCCCACUGCCUAACCCUCCGGGGCCAGCGGCAGUCCGUCGUCGUGGCGGCCAGCUCCAGGUCCGAGAUGGAAAAGUGGGUUGAGGACAUCCAGAUGGCCAUUGAUUUGGCAGAGAAAAGCAGCGGCCCCACUCCUGAGUUCCUGGCCAGCAGCCCCCCUGACAACAAGUCCCCGGACGAGGCCACGGUGGCAGACCAGGAGUCGGAGGACGACCUGAGCGCCUCGCGCACGUCGCUGGAGCGCCAGGCCCCGCCCCGCGGCAACACGACGGUACACGUGUGCUGGCAUCGCAACACCAGCGUCUCCAUGGUGGACUUCAGCGUCGCCGUGGAGAAUCAGCUGUCUGGGAAUCUGCUGAGGAAAUUCAAGAACAGCAACGGGUGGCAGAAGCUGUGGGUGGUGUUCACGAACUUCUGCCUGUUCUUCUACAAGUCUCACCAGGACAAUCACCCCCUCGCCAGCCUGCCUCUGCUCGGCUACUCACUCACCAUCCCCUCAGAGUCGGAGGACAUCCACAAAGACUACGUGUUCAAGCUGCAUUUCAAGUCCCACGUGUACUACUUCAGGGCUGAAAGCGAAUACACAUUCGAAAGGUGGAUGGAGGUGAUCCGCAGCGCGACCAGCUCCACCUCGCACGCCCACGUCCUGAGCCACAGAGAGUCUCAUGGGUACUGAUGGCACGUCUGUCGCUGGGCUCGGCGGGGGCGGCUUCCCCGGGAGACACUGCCUGUCCUCUGUAUUAACGAAGCCUAGUAAAAUUAACACCUGUCUGGGAAACCGAAACCUGGUUUUACAGCAGCCCUCCUCUGUCUCCACAAAACCGUUUUUAACCUUGUCUUUCCAAGCUGUUCCGCGGUCAUCUGAACGGAACAGGGCUCCCGCCGUGCCGGUCUUCCUCCGGGUGGUCUGUUCCCAGCUCACGCCAGUGUUAACCCCGUGUCCCUAACAGUGCCAAAUGACCGUUCCUCCGCAGCUGCAUCUUCGAGGCAGCACGACCCCAUCCGUUCAACCAAAAGGGCAAGUGCUCUUUUUCUUUAAAAAAAAAAAAAAAAAAAAAAAAGUUUUCCAGUGUUUGUGAUACACACGGCACAGUCUUAAGCAAAUGAGAUCAUUUUCAGAUUUCGUUUUUUCAAUCUUUCUACUUUUAUAAUAAUAAGUUAGGAUUUACUUCUUUGAUUAAUGGAAGCAGUUCGCCGCACGCUACGUACUUUCCCCUUUGGGGUUUUAUGCUCCAGCGAAAUGCUAUUCUUGGCACAAGGGGACCAAAUUGUUUCCAUGAUUCCUCUUUACAAAACGUAGCGGUGUGGCCCAAAUCCGGCACAAGGUCUGUGCGCUCGCUGUCCUAGGAGUGGUGUGUGCGAUGGGAGGUCCUUUGCUGUGGUGUUUGCUGUCUCCCGAGCAUGAGAACUUGUAUGUCCGUGAUCAGGGCCAUUUGUGAUAUGUGACGGUUCCAGAGGGUCUCCAUGAUCUUGGAAGCCCCAUGAACAUGAGGGGCACGGCCCCUGGUGCUCACCCCCAUAGCCUGCACCUGUGGCUGGGGACUGCACAGUUGGUAGUAGUAUAUAUUGUGCCUGUCUUCAAGAACAUUCUUUCCUCCGUUUAUACUCUCCCUUCCCCCCCCCCCACCCAGGCAUGGGGUAUCCACAGUAUGACCUUGCGUAUCUGCAACAGUUGGACUACACAGGGAACCGGGCUCCGGGACCUACGGGGACCUGCGGGGCCCGCUAGUUGAAAUCCGCUUGCCUGUUCUCUGCGGAGAGUGGGUGGCUGCUAUUCCCUAGUUUUCUUAAACCCUUUCUGACCCAGUCCAGAGGGGGCGACCCAUCUAGCCAGUGCCCAUACCCCAGCCCCACUGGCUGGCGCAGCGGAGCCGGGGCUGGUGGGCGUGGAGGGAGCGGCGGCCCCCAUGGACGAGGAGCUCGAGACGCGUUCAUCACUUGCCUUACGCUGUGUACCAGAUGGUUUGAAAGUACUAACAAAAGGGAAUAAAAAUACCUCACGCCACAAUCCAGCACACUGACGUUUUAAGGCAAAACAUCA